AUGGCACACGGCUGUUUUUACCGACUGGCCGCAAAUGAGUCAGCGCUCAAAUACCUGCCUCAGGUUGGCCUUGACGCGCAUGCAACUAUUCUCGCUAGCAAUUCGCGAACACUAAUCACGCAGACCUUUGUGAACCCUUCUUCUACAGAAGCAAUCUCCGAAGUCUUCUACUCGUUCCCCCUAUAUGAAAGCUCCAGUAUCGUCGGCUUCACUUGUCGCCUGGGCGAUACUGUGAUUGAAGGAAUAGUCAAGCCAAAAGAAAAGGCAAAUGAGAUAUAUCAAGAGGCAAAGUCCAAGGGGAAAACCGCUGCUAUUCUUGAUCGGUCGCUUAGUGCCGCCGAUGUAUUCAGCACGCGGCUAGGAAAUGUCCCAGCGGGGGGUACCGUUCUCGUCGAGAUUACUCUCAUCCAAGAACUGGUCCAGGAUGCCAAGACAGAUGGUGUUCGAUACACGAUCCCCGUCACUAUUGGACCUCGAUAUGGAACUAGAGUUGUGUUUCCACAUCCGCCCGAAGGAGUUCUAGUAAAAACAGCAAUAAAGGUGGACGUUGUCAUGGAGAAGGGGUCUAAUAUCCGCAAUAUACGGUCACCAAGCCAUCCAAUCCAGGUUGACUUGGGCCGGACAGCUGAUAUGCCGGUGUCAACUUUUGAGUCGAACUAUGCCUCAAUCCAACUUCGUGAGAAUGUGACAAUUGACGAGGAUUUCGUUAUCACCGUCAACGCAGACAAACAAGAUCUCCCAUUUGCCUUCCUAGAGACACACCCUACACUGCCAAAUCAGAAGGCACUAAUGGUCUCCCUGGUACCAAAGUUCAGUCUGCCACCAGAUUCAUCCGAAAUCGUGUUUGUCAUUGAUCGUAGUGGAAGUAUGGCGGAUAAGAUACGUACUCUACGUUCCGCCCUUGAGCUGUUUCUCAAGUCGCUGCCGUGGGGUGUACCUUUCAACUUAAUCUCGUUUGGCUCCUCAUCUGAAUCUCUCUGGGCUCGAAGCAAAGUGAGUACCAGAGAGAGCCUAGAAGAGGCUCUUCAGUAUACGAAGAAGAUCCGGGCCGAUCUAGGUGGAACUGAAAUCCUGUCCGGCCUGGAAGCAGCUGUGGAGAAGCGCUACCAAGACAAGGUCCUUGAGGUGUUGGUUCUCACUGAUGGUGAGGUUUGGAACCAGUCCGAGGUCUUCGAUCUGGUCAAUCAGGCCAAUCAGCAGCAUUCCUCUCGGUUCUUCACUCUCGGCCUCGGGGAUUCCGUUUCCCACUCUCUUAUCAAUGGUAUCUCCAGAGCGGGCAAGGGCUUUACCCAGACGGUCCUGAACAAUGAGGACCUGAAUAAAACAGUGGUUCGAAUGCUGAAGGGUGCUUUGAUGCCUCGACUGCACAAUAGCAGACUGGACCUGGACAUCUCCAAGGUUGAGGUUGAAGAAGACUUCGUGAAGGUUGAACUUCCUGGUGAUGAUACAACAGACACGGGGCCCUCUCCAAAGCAAAUUUCCCUAUUCGAUCAAGAUCAUAAAGAAGGGGAAGGGAUUGGUGAUGUGCGUGAGCCACUGCCGAAAAUUGCUGUUCCUAGCAUUUUGCAAGCACCACACGACCUUCCGGCUCUGUUCCCAUUCAUACGCUCCAAUAUCUACUUGCUUCUCUCACAAUCCAUUGACUCGUUCCCCAAGACGAUCGCCCUUCGUGCCGACAGCAAGCACGGCCCCCUAGAGCUGGAAAUCCCUGUUCAAGAUAUUGGCAAAGGCCAAACUGUUCAUCAGCUCGCGGCCAAAAAGACGAUCACCGAGCUUGAGGAGUCCCGCGGCUGGAUAUACUCUGCAAAGAAUGCCGAAUGCGAGCUGAUUAAGACAAAAUGGGAGAGUCGGGUUGAUGAAUUGGUUCAGACAGAAUGCGAGCGUCUGGGGGUGAGAUUCCAAAUCGCAGGGAAACACUGCUCAUUUGUCGCGGUGAGCGAUGAGGCGGCGACUGAACAUGAUAGUAACUCAAAAGAUGCCAAGGCUUCGCCUGGAAUUGUCGAAUCCGGCGCCCUGCAGAUGCUGCAUGGACCUGACUUGCAGGCAUUAUUUUCCCCGAUGGCUCCAUCUUACAGCGCUACAUCGCCGGAUUACACCCCUACUUCCCCUGGUGGUAUACCUAGCCCCCCAAUUUUCCGCCCAGCUUACGCCCUCUUCAAGUCUUCAGGCGCUUGGAUUCCUGAUUUCAGUCACAUUCCUUCCAAUUCUUUCAAUCCAGAGGGCUCAUGUAGUGGCUACGGUUCUCUUACGAGCCCAGGGUACUCACCUGCGUCCCCAGCAUACGCAUCUGCGGCUGCUAGUUAUUCACCUAAGUCGCCCAUUUGGGAGGAAGACGACGAGGAAGACGACGAUGAAGACGCAGACGCGGUACCAACCCUCCCGUUAGAUAAACUCAUCCAGCUCCAGACUUUUGAAGGUUACUGGGAGAUGAGCGACGCACUGUUGCAGGUCGUGAGCCUUGAUCCAAGCACUGCCCGCGUCAACAUACAAACCGACUAUGACUCUUUGGCGGGAAUUGAGACGAACGAGGUAUCUGCGGUUGAAAAAUGGUCGCGUUUGAUUGCUACAUCUCUGGUGUGUCGAUUUUUGGAGACAAAUGAAGCUGAAUCUCACGAUGUGUGGGAGUUGGUAAAGGUCAAGGCGGAUGGCUGGGUACAAGCUGAGAUUGCUGCAAUGGCCACUACUGAUCGAGAACUUGUCACUAAGCUCAUAGAGCGGUUUGGCUCUCUGUUCUGA